GUGAGUUUUUGGUGGGGCAAACUAACAACGACACCAAAUUUAGUGUGUUGGAAAAAUUCCUUCGUCCACCAAGUUCGACUUCAUAAAAUCGUCUUUUGCUUUGAAGCGAGCGAGAGAAACUCAGCAGGAGCUUGCAAUGUCUUUCAGAGUUCCAGAGGAAGAAGAGAAAAUCCUCCAGUUUUGGAGAGAUAUUGACGCGUUCAAUACCCAGCUUGAGCUGUCUAAAGAUCGUAGACCUUUUACUUUCUACGAUGGACCUCCGUUUGCUACCGGUUUACCCCAUCACGGUCAUCUUUUGGCUUCUACCAUUAAGGAUAUUGUCACUCGGUUCGCUUGUUUGAAGGGAUACUCUGUCACUCGUCGUUUUGGAUGGGAUACUCAUGGUCUUCCCGUCGAGCAUGAAAUUGACAAAAAACUCGGCAUCACCGGUCGUGACGAUGUUAUGGCUUUGGGUAUUGACAAAUAUAACGCCGAAUGCCGUAAGAUUGUUAUGACUUAUGCUGGCGAAUGGCGCCAAACCAUCGAAAGAUUGGGUCGUUGGAUUGACUUCGACAACGACUAUAAGACCCUGUACCCUACAUUCAUGGAGAGUGUUUGGUGGGUUUUCAAGGAACUCUUCAAGAAGAACAAGGUGUACCGUGGUUACCGUGUCAUGCCCUAUUCUACCGCUUGCACGACUCCUCUUAGUAACUUUGAGGCUCAACAAAACUACAAGGAAGUUCAGGAUCCUGCCGUUGUGAUUGCUUUCACUCUUAAAUCUGAUCCUUCCGUUAAGGCUCUUGCCUGGACUACUACCCCCUGGACAUUGCCUUCUAACAUCGCCCUUGCCGUUCAUCCUGAUCUGGAGUACGUUAAAAUUUUGGACAAGGAAACUGGUAACAAGUACAUUCUUAUGGAGAGCUGCUUGGGUACUUUGUACAAGAACCCCAAGAAGGCCCCCAUUGAGAUUUUGGAGCGUUUCCCUGGUGCUAAGCUCAACGGUGAGCGCUAUGAGCCUUUGUUCCCUUAUUUCAAGGAGCAAUUUGCUGAACGUGCCUUUAAAAUCUACACUGCCAGUUAUGUUGAGGCUGGUAGCGGUACUGGUAUUGUUCAUCAAGCUCCUGCCUUUGGUGAAGAGGAUUAUGAAGCUGCUUGGAAUGCAGGCAUUAUUGAUGCUGAUCAUCAAGCCCCCUGCCCAGUUGACGACAAUGGCCAUUUCACUGCUGAGGUUACUGACUUCGCUGGUAUGUAUGUUAAGGAUGCCGAUAAGGAUGUUAUCCGCCAUUUGAAGGGCACUGGCAACCUCAUCAAGCAAUCUACCAUUUUCCAUAGUUAUCCUUUCUGCUGGAGAUCUGAUACCCCCUUGCUUUACCGUGCCGUACCCAGUUGGUUCGUCAAGGUGAAGGAAAUCACCGACAAAAUGGUAGACAAUGUCAUGAAGACUCAUUGGGUUCCUAGCAACAUCCGUGACAAACGGUUUGCCAAUUGGUUGAAGAAUGCCCGUGACUGGAACAUUUCUCGUAACAGAUACUGGGGUACUCCUAUUCCUCUCUGGGUCAGCGAGGACUAUGAGGAAGUUGUCUGCAUUGGUUCUAUUGCUGAGCUGGAGGAGCUCUCCGGUGUGAAGAACAUCACUGAUUUGCAUCGUGAUUCUAUUGACGAUAUCACUAUUCCUUCUAAACAAGGAAAGGGUGUUUUGCGUCGUGUUUCCGAGGUGUUUGAUUGUUGGUUUGAGUCCGGUAGCAUGCCUUAUGCUUCUCGUCACUACCCCUUCGAAAACCAGAAGGAAUUCGAACAAGGUUUCCCUGCUGAUUUCAUUUCUGAGGGUAUCGACCAAACCCGUGGUUGGUUCUAUACUCUUACUGUUCUCGGUACUCACUUGUUCAACACCGCUCCUUUCAAGAAUGUCAUUGUCAGUGGUUUGGUCAUGGCCGAAGAUGGUAAGAAGAUGUCUAAGCGUCUCAAGAACUACCCUGAACCUGGACUUAUUAUUGAGAGAUAUGGUUCUGAUGCCCUGCGUUUGUACUUGAUUAACUCGCCCGUUGUCCGUGCUGAGGUUCUUAAGUUCAAGGAGGAUGGUGUCAAGGAGGUUGUUGCCCGUGUGUUGAUUCCCUGGUGGAACUCCUACAAGUUCUUCGAAGCUCAAGCCUCCCUUUACAAGAAGGUCACUGGUAAGGACUUUAAGUUCGACGAGAACGCACCCGCCAGUGCCAAUGUUAUGGAUAGAUGGAUCAUUGCUAGAUGCCAGAGCUUGAUUGAGUUCGUCGAUCAUGAGAUGUCUGUUUACCGUUUGUACACUGUCGUUCCUCAAUUGCUUGGUUUGAUUGAAGAGAUGACCAACUGGUACAUUCGUUUCAACCGUCGUCGUCUCAAGGGUGAGGAUGGCGAGGCCGAGACUGUCGCUGCUCUUACUGCACUGUUCGAGGUUCUUUACACAUUGGUUAGAACCAUGGCUCCUUUCACCCCCUUCAUCACCGAGAACAUUUACCAACACUUGAAGGCUUAUCUUAACAUUGAUGAGAACGAUGUUUCCAAGCGUUCUGUUCACUUCCUUUCCUUCCCUACUGUGCGUCCAGAAUUGGUUGAUAACAUUGUUUUGCGCAGAGUCUCUCGUCUUCAAAACGUUAUUGAGUUGGGUCGCUACAUCCGUGAACAAAACAACAUCUCUCUUAAGGUGCCUUUGAAGACUAUGGUAGUCGUUGCCACUGACAAUGAAUUCAUGGAUGAUGUCAAGGCUCUUGAGAAAUACAUUUUGGAGGAACUUAAUGUCCGUGAGGUUAUUUUCUCCGCUGAUGAGGAGAAGUACGGUGUUGUUUACAGUGUGCAAGCUGAUUGGCCUGUUCUUGGUAAGAAGCUCCGUAAGGACAUGGCUAAGGUCAAGAAGGCUCUUCCUUCAGUCACUUCUGAACAAGUUAAGGCUUUCCAAAUUCAAAAAGAAAUGGUUCUUGAUGGUAUCAAACUCGUUGAAGGUGACCUCCAAAUCCAUCGUUCCGUUCAAAGCACCGAUGAAUUCUUAAAGUCGAAUACCGACCGUCAUGUUGUCGUUCUCCUUGAUACGAGAAUGUACCCUGAGUUAGAAAGUGAAGGUUUGGCUCGUGAGGUCAUUAACCGUGUUCAACGUCUCCGUAAGAAGAGUCAGUUGCAGGUUACCGAUGAUAUCCGCAUGACUUACAGUAUGACCAAUGACUCCAUCGGUUUGGCUGAUGCCAUCAAGGCCAACCAGGGUCUUUUUGAGAAGGUCUUGAGAAGAAAUCUUGAAGCAGAUGAUGGUGAGACUUCCGGCGUUAUUGCUAAUGAAGAGCAAGAGGUUCAAGGCGCUACUUUCAUGCUUAAGCUUCUCAAACUUUAAUUUUGGUAGUCAAAAUACUCAUGCAAAAACCAAGUGGUACAAAUAGAAUGUUGUUAAAGCAGUUUUGAUAUUAUUGAAAAGUUUGUCUUUUAAAGAUAAGGAAAGAUACUUACUCUCCUAAAAGUCUACCGCCACAGUAAUAGCAAAGACUAAAUUUUGUGAGAAGAAAACCCGUUAAACAGUGUUCUUCUGGCAUUAUGGACAUUCCGCUGUACGCCGAGCGACAUACUCCACAGUACCGAGUAUCGAUACCGGAAAGGGGUAAGAAUGUAAGUGCACAGCGUCCUAAAUGUGUUAGUGAGGCUCUAACAGUGUUGUUGUUGUUUUUUUACGUACGCCAGACGUGUCCUUUUGAGCAAGUUGCGUUUACUGGAUCCUGGAAUUCAAUGAUUGAGUUGCAAGCAGGACAGUAUUCGUUGUGAUUUUCUGAAGAGGAAAGUAUCUUUUCAACCUUGCUGAAUAAUUUGACAGCUGCAUCUUUAUCCCCAUACUCCUUAUAGCCAUCAGCUAAAUAGCACUUCAGAAUCUUUCUGCAGUUGCUAGUUAAAAAAAGCGGUGAUUUAGACACUUCAUAUAUCACAUAUUGUAGAACAGUGAAUAUUAAUGUAAAUCGUAACAUUGUUCGCAUUUCCGCACUAGGUUCCUUCUAAAGAAAUAAUAGUUAGUUAGCGA